AUGGCCGAUGCUCCCCUGAAGCAAGUUUUGGCUCGCCAAUCCUUCGAUCCGAGACUGAGCCUCCAGACCCCGCCCAACGGCGUGUACUCCCCUCGAUCUACUGCGACCGACCUCGCCGCCUUCGGGCCCGCUCUUACCCUCAUCCAAAGCCUCGAAGCCUCAAAGGGCAUAUUAAAACCCUUCCUCUCUCCUAACCCGCUUGAGAUCGCGUUCAAUACCGCCAAUGGUGUGACGAACCAGUGCAGUCUCAUCACCAUGCUGGAGUCGUCAGCCCGCCGCUUAGCCGGCGAUGACCGGAUUGACAAAAUGGAUGCCUACGGCAUUCUUAGUCGCGCCCUACGAGCAUCUAACAACCUGCCCGAUAGAGUCGCCCUCCAGGAGAGGAUGCCCCGAUUCAUGGACUUCAUACAGCGUGACAUCACCAUCUCGCCCUCCGACCCGUCCCUCACGAAUCACGCACUUACCUUCCUACUCACCAUCUUACACUUCCCCGGCGUCGCUAGUUCUUUGAGCAACGAGUUUGGCAUCUUCAUGGUCGAUCACUGCAUCCGCUCGUUUGGAGAUUCUGCCGUUUCCAAGGACGUAACUCGCCAUCUGCUCCAGGUCGUCGCGCAACAAAACUUUUCUCAGCGGGUCAUGACCCCCGACCGGGUUGGCCGUCUCCUUGCCGCGCUGAGCAAUAUUGAGCAGCAUGUGACUGGUAAAAGCAUUAUACACUCCCGUGUCAUGAUUUAUCGCCGCCUGGUCAAGCAGUGCAAGCCUUUGAUGGUCACCCACACAAACUGGAUUCACGACCUCCUCACUGACUGCCUUAGUAGCAACAAGGACAUUCGGGGCGCUGCUAUUGUCCUCGGGUUUGAGGCUGCAUCCUCCAUCGGAAAGGAUCGGCAGAUUUCCAAGAAACUUGCCGAGCUCUUCCAGGCCAUGGUCGACGACCAAAAGUAUAUCGACUUUUGCAUUGAACGGCUGAAAACGAUGUUACGAUCGAGGCAGGACGCACCCUUUGUUCCCAAAAUAUGGAGCGUCAUCCUUCUUCUCCUCCGCGGAAUUCACCUCGAGAAAUGGCAAUACCUCAACAGCUGGCUUCGUGUCAUCCAGCUAUGCUUCAACUCCAGCGACAUGACAACGAAACAGGAGGCCAACUAUGCCUGGAACCGAUUCGUCUAUGUGCUACACUUUGAGGAGCCUACAUACACCAAACUGCUCGGCACCACCCUUUGCCAACCUGUCUGCAGUCAGUGGAAGCGAAAACCGUCGGCACCCAAGGCCGACGAAGGUUUCCAAAAUGUCAUCCUGGGCAGCGCUUGCAACCUGUUUUACUACACCUUCAAGCCUGGUGUGUCCCAGGGACUCGUCGACAAGUACUGGGAUGUCACCGUCAAGCCUAUUAUGCAACAACUCUGUGCCAACGGCCAACCGGAGGAGCGCGUUGACCAGGCCAUCACUAUUCUUACUAGUCUCUUCGACAACACGACACGUCGCCCAUGGGUGGAGGAUCGGGUUCUCACGAACCCACUCGCUGAUGCGAUGGAACUCCCACCAUUAGAACCCAAGUGGCUCCGGCACAAUGCAUCCAGAGUUUUCGGCGUGGUUCAACCCAUCCUAGACAGGAACUUCGCUGACCUUGCAAGCCCUGAUACUCCCGCUUUCAAGAUGUGGAACACCCUCAUCACAUCAGUCUCGGCCGCGGCUUCCAAGGAGAUCAAGGUUUCUUUCGAUACGACCGAAUUCAUCUCCUACAUGUUCACCUCACUUCUCCGGUACUGGAAGCGCGGUAUUGCCAAGGAGAACUCCGAGGGUCAAGAUACAGGUGUUGUCAGCCAGGUGUUUCUGUCAAGCAUCCGCCAGUUUGUAGGAACCGUGGUUGAGGCCUUUGGACUCUUGCCCUUUACCGAGAAGCAAUUGUGCAGUAGGCAGGACACUUUUACGCCCGCCACCACCCCUUCUCAUCGGGCGGCCAAGGUAACUGGGGUUGUCAAGGCACCUAUCCAUCAUCUAUUCACCAUCCUCUCGACCCUUCCGGAUGGUAUCCCGGAUGAUGAGAUAUUUGCGGACUUCUUCACCGCAGUCUUUGCGCCAUUCUUCAAGACCAAGACGGCCAAGGCUGCCUCUGAGCUAACACAGGAGAUGCUUCAAUCCAUCCCCAUGGACGCAAUCUGCCCAUACGGUCCUUGGGUCAUGGUGGCCGAUUCGGUCAAGGCCGCACUCGCCUCUGGGCGUUCCAUCAAGGGGCCUUCUUCCACCGUGACUAGCAGUCUCGAGCCACCUGUUGGCCGGGAGUAUCGGGAAUUGUGUCGCAUCCUAGAGCGGGGCUUCAAGGCAACCCCAAACCUACCGUUCGAACGAUGGGCGUCCCUCAUGGAUGCCGUUGAGUCGCACAUUACCGACGAAACCGGACCUAUGGGGAGGGCCCUGGCUCUUGUCGACCCCUUGGCCAAGACCGUGGUCGCGACUGCGAUGCUGCGAAUGGCUAGCCAGCCGCGCGACCGCCAGAUCGUAGACAGUGCUCGAAUUCGACUUUGGGGCGCGACCAGUGUGAAGUCGGCCUCCAUCGACCCUUUUGAUAACAUGUAUAAACUCGUCAAUACCGUCAUGGAGGAGUUGUACAAGGAGCUCACCAACCCGGAAAUGGCGGUGCUCGCAACUCCCUUCCUUAUGGAACUAGACGGAUUCCUCCGCCGCUGUAGCAGCGACCUAGCUGUCAAGACUGUCUGCACGUUGCAGGAUGGGCUCGUCUUCUGGGUCAAGGAUGACGAGUCCCGUUUAAGCAGUCGGCAGUCGGCAGACACUGCCGGGGCGGCUAAGCAGAUGUGGGAUCAGGUCUGCGAUAUGAUCGCUUCCCGUGACUCGACCGAACAGCUCAACUUGGAACAUUUCGAGAGAUUGCUAUGCGCUGCUUUCCAAAGCAAACACAGGCAUGUUGUCAACAGCGUCGCCAUGCUCUGGAACCGAGUCUUCCACGAUGCUGAAGAGAUUACGUAUCCAGAAGCCCUCCAGGCGACUCUCAUUUCCGUGCGAUCCCUGGUUGACCUCGUACUGCCCGGCCUUGACGAGUCAAGUGGCGAAUCCGCCGCGGCCCAACACUCUCACGCCUUCGUACAAUCUCAAGAUGAUAUGAUCGCGCUCAAAGUGUCACCCAUCAAGUCAGCCAGGUCCGAUAGAGUCCAUUUUGUCUCUUCUGGCUCCUCGGCCGUCCCAACCCCAUCCAAGACUCUACAGGAAGAUCCGACGCCCAAGACAACCACCGGUCGGCCCAAGAGACAACGUAGGUCCCGAGCGAAGCUACGACACGAAGACUCACAAAUUCAGUUUGAGCCCGUUCAGACAGCUGCUCCCGAAAAGGGCGAGUCGCAGAACCUGACGGAGCAUCAGCUGGAAGUCCGAGAGCAGCAGCGAGGACAAGAGGCGCUCUAUAACAUGAAGUCUUCCAGCCCACCUCAGGACCAUCGCGAAGUCGAGAUGGCGGACCUCUACCCCAACCCCGCGGCGGGGUCAGAUGCUGUCGCUUCAUCAGGAUGUGGAGAUGUCAGACCCCCGUCGUCGCCUCCCGAGCUCUCCGAAGUCCGCCGAUACCCACUUGUCCCCGAGAUGCGAUCCCGCUCGAAUAGCGUGACGGACAAUGUACAUUGGGAAUUCUCGUCUUCUCCUGUCUCUGGAUCUCCUCUACCGAUGCAGAGGGUAAUUGUACAGCAGCAGGAACCCGAAGAGGAAGAAGCUGAGCUAGAAGCUGCGGAAGAAGUGGCCGAACAAGGAGAGACUUCGGGUGGUGAAGAAGCGGAGAACGACAAGCCUCGGCCAGAGCCAGAGAGUAGCCAAGAUAUUGCCGUUGUGGAAGACUCGUUUGCAAUGGAUGUGGUGCCCUCAAGUGCCGCACAUGAAAACGUGGCCGCCCUAGAGGCAUCGAAACUUGAGGUGGACGACUCAAUAAUCACGACACCGUCGCGACGCCGAACCCGUCAGAGCGUGCGAGAGGAUUCACUGCUGCAACAGGCCCAACAGCAACAAGAGAAACGGUCCACCCGAAGCGCCCCCACGACCCCAACUCGUGCGCGCGGCCGUGACGCGACACCCAAAUCGGACAAUGAAGAAUUCGUCGAUGCACCCAGCAGUCCCCAGGCAACCACCGCCCAGAAGUCUCGGAAGCCGGCUGCGGCGUCUCAGGCGCUACCCUCUAGCCCAGGGGACGAUACGAGCUACGCUAUCAGCGAGGGUGCGGAGCGAAGCAUGAUUCGACUUGCUGAGGAAGCCGAAGCAAAGCAGGCCGCUCUGAAACGAGUGACCCGACGACGUAGUAAGAAGGCAGGGAUGAUUGACUGCAUAAUGGUGAAGACGGACGACGGGGAAGAGGGUGGUGACGAAGAGCUCUCGAGCGGGCAAGAGGACACUAGCCAGAUGAUUCCUUCGACACCUCUGCACCAAACCAGCCCAGCCGAAGGCAAGUCGAACAAGAGCUCGGUGCCGAAGAGGAAGCGGAAGAGGGGCUCAAGCUCGCGAUACGUGGACCCGCGCACGAAGAAGAGACGGUCUGGCGGAGAUGACGGCUGCUCGGUGACAAGCAGCCCUUCAUUCCGGCUCCAGUCUAGCCAAGGUGGCAGCGACUUGGAAGAUGACGACGUCCAAUCCCAGGUUCUGUCAGAACACAUUGCCGCCUCUCAAAGCCAAUCUCGCCAAUCGCCAGAGCUUGGCGAUGAUACCACGUUUAACCGUCCCGAAGCUGGGGCGGAGGCGGCGUCGGAGACCCGGAGUGACAAGAGAGGCGGAUCCAGCCAGAUCGAAGACAUGUUCCUGGAUUUCAAGCGGGAGCUGUACGAGGCCGAGAGGCGAGGGAGGGAAGAUAGGAGCCCGUGCUAA